AUGCGUGAGUGCGCCUCAUGCGGCCGCGACUUGCCUCGCUCGUCGUACACCGCCAAUCAAUACACAAAAGGCGCAGGGAUCUCGCGAUGUGCAGCUUGUGUUCACGGCUACAGAUCUGAUACCCCGCGAGCGACACAGUCGGCCAGCGGUCGAUACAAUGAUUCGUCAAGAUGCGAGGUGCCAUAUGAUGAGCUGGACGAUCCAUUCAGCGAGGGAUCCUUCCGCUACGUCGCCAAAGGGAGGUAUACAUCUGGUCCGCGUCGAGGCCAGGCAAGUGUCGUCAAAUGGUUCAAAACAGGCGCUGUCUUCGAGUCGGACUACUUCACCCUUGACAUCAAGGCGGUAGACAAGGCGCUCGAGAUUGUGGAUCGUUUCAACGACCUAAACAUUAUCAACAAAAACGUCAAGAUCAACGUGCCUGCGGUAUGGACAUUUGAUGAUGAAGCCGGCGAGUGGGCGGGCACGAAGCAUUUGUGUGAACCGUUCAUCAACAAUUAUGUCAAGUUCAACAGCAACAGUGGCUGGUUCAAUGAUUCGGGAUCAUGGGGGGAGGUGAUGCAAGCGCUCAGUCACUUCAGCUACCACGUGUCCGGAGGCUUCUUCGUCCUUUGUGACCUUUAA